AUGCUGGACGGUGCUGGGUUAGAUGCCGUGCCACAAGGAGACGUAGUCCGCCGGGCUGCAGAACUCCUGGCACAGCUGCCUGAAUGCGCUGUAACCUGUGUCGCACGCUACUGCGUCGGAGCCGACAGUAAUUGCAUCUGUGGAGCUCCCAAGGCAGCACUUGACGGAUGCGCCUAUACCUCUUGCCAUAUUUCGCAAGCUAUAUACGCUCGAAAUGUUACUGAAAGGUUUUGUGCGACACCUGUCCGGAACAGAACCAUCAGGUUCAACGUGAUGAUCAUCGCCAUGACAAUCGCCCUUGUCUGCUUCAUCAGUGUUCGCGUUGUUUUUCUGCAAUUCUUCACGCAGCGGCGCCUGAGAGCGGCGGACUGGACAGUGAUUGCGGCGAUCCCACUCGGACUGGCCACGGUCGCGCUGACAAUAUUUGGCCUUACUGCUCACGGUCUCGGUGUCGACAUCUGGGGCCUGCAAGCUUCUCAAGCUACUGCAUUCGGGCGCUAUUUUUACGCAGUACAGCUAUUAUAUGUUCUGCUUGUAACAUUGAUCAAACUGGCGUUGACGCUGUUCUAUCUCAGCAUCUUCUUCGGCCGCACCAUAGUCAUCCUGCUCUGGGCUACGAUAGCAGUUCACAUCGCUGGCGCGGUGGCCUUUUGCAUUGGAAUCGUUUUCCAGUGCACUCCGAUACGGUACCAGUGGGAGAGAUACAACUACGCCAACAAUCCUUUAGUGGAGGGCCACUGCAUCAACAUCAACGCAGCUGGUUGGGCACACGCUGCUAUUAGCGUCGCAUCUGAUAUAUGGAUGCUGGCUCUUCCUCUGAGCCAGCUGAAGAAGCUGAACCUGCAUUGGAAGAAGAAGCUGGGGGCGGCGCUUAUGUUUUUCACUGGUGCUAUUAUUACCAUUGUUUCUUUUCUACGGCUCGCGUCGGUUCGACGCUAUGCGUCAACGUCGAACCCCACCUGGGAUCAAUGGGACAUUGUGUGGUGGUCGACGAUAGAGAUUGAAGUCGGCCUUAUAUGCACCUGUUUGCCGGCAAUGCGUCUCCUGCUAGUACGCCUUGCGCCGCGAGUAUUCGGUUCGUCUGUCUCGGAAGCCAUCGCGCCCCUGAACCAAAUCACGGCAAGUGCGGGCCAGAUGACGAUAGGAGAGGAAGAGGGACUAUCGCAGGCGAUUUCAUCACAAAAGACAGUUUUCAACGCGACGAAACCGUUGCCAUGGCCUGGAAGUGGCAAGGUUGGAAAUAGGCCAGCGACAUAG